AUGUCAGGAGCUUUGUCCGAGAGGCAAACAGAUAAAUGGGCACAGGAUUUGAUUGUGGCGCUCAAAGGGUUCAAUCUUCUCGCCGGGUCUUCCACGCCGAUGAUGGCUCGGGACCCUCGAAUGAACCCCGAUGGUAUCUUGGAUGAGGGUUCUAUUGCCGCAGCUGCUUUGACACAGCCUGAGGUGGACCUUGUCAACUCACCCGAAGAAGCAGCCAAGGCUGAGGUCGAUUAUGCUACGUUAACAGAUUUGGUCAAUUCUUUUGCCUGUACUAUUCACGCCAAGGUGAAGGAGAAUUGGAUGGGAAAAUGGAGCCAAAGUUUUAAAUCAGCCCUCAAAGAGACUGCGGCUAUCAUUGAUGUACGAAUUCUCGAAUUAUAUCUUCAAAAAGCCACUCCUGAUGGUAUUGCUGGCGAUGCUACUACUCAGCAGCGAAAGGAGAUGUUCGCCGUUGUGGGCGGGGAACAAUAG